CAUGAUGGUUCAUGUUUGCCGAUAGAUUGUUGGUUCGAUUUAUCUAGGUGGUAGUAUGCAGAGGAGUACAGCUCGAUUGCUGUUUAAUCUUGGUAGCUUUACCUAGACCAUUGACUUUUUUAUAAUAGCCGAAACGUUGAUUGUUGUGGAAUUAAUCAAUUCUGUUGAUCUAGAUGUGCAAUUAGUUAUUUCAUUAUUGAUAGUAUGGCUCAUUUAGAUGUUGCUGCACAAUUUCUUAAUUGGUUCCUCACUAUCUAGCUCAGAAUAAACUGUGUUACUGCUUAUCUGUCUCUGUUUCUGAUGGAUUGUUGUAUCAAGUAAGGCCACAUCACGUGUUGUCAAAGUUUUACAUGGCAGUUAAUUUUAAAAUGCUAUUAUUCAGAUUCUCACCAUUAUUGAUUGGCUUCAAGUUUAGUUUUGUAUUCUGUUGAACAUAGAAUGCAGAGCUGUUAAUAUGUACUUAAUGAGAUGUUCAUUGAUGAGUUCAGAAUUGGCUGGUUCCAAUACUGCAGUGUCCUGUGUCCUAUAAUGUUUGUUAGCAAGGUUUUUGUCAAAUUUAGUUAGCCUACUCUGCCUUGAGAUGUUCAUUUUCUUUUCAAGAGUUGAUCAGUUUCAGUAUCGCAUUAUUCUGUGUCUUGUAUGGCUGCAUGUUUAAGGUGGUUUAACUCUUGUUUCUGUCCCUUAAUGUUUGCAGAUGCAGAUCUUUGUGAAGACCCUCACUGGCAAGACCAUCACGCUUGAGGUUGAGUCCUCUGACACGAUCGACAACGUGAAGGCCAAGAUCCAGGACAAGGAGGGCAUCCCCCCGGACCAGCAGCGUCUCAUCUUUGCCGGCAAGCAGCUUGAGGAUGGCCGGACCCUUGCCGACUACAAUAUCCAGAAGGAGUCCACCCUUCACCUGGUGCUGAGGCUCAGGGGUGGUAUGCAGAUAUUUGUGAAGACCCUCACCGGCAAGACCAUCACUCUGGAGGUUGAGUCGUCUGACACCAUUGACAACGUGAAGGCCAAGAUCCAGGACAAGGAGGGCAUUCCUCCGGACCAGCAGCGUCUCAUCUUCGCUGGCAAGCAGCUUGAGGAUGGCCGUACCCUUGCUGACUACAACAUACAGAAGGAGUCCACUCUCCACCUGGUGCUCCGCCUGCGUGGUGGUAUGCAGAUCUUUGUCAAGACUCUUACUGGCAAGACCAUCACCUUGGAGGUGGAGUCUUCUGACACCAUCGACAACGUGAAGGCCAAGAUCCAGGACAAGGAGGGCAUUCCCCCGGACCAGCAGCGUCUCAUCUUCGCUGGCAAGCAGCUUGAGGAUGGCCGUACCCUUGCCGACUACAAUAUCCAAAAGGAGUCGACCCUUCACCUUGUGCUCCGCCUGCGUGGUGGUAUGCAGAUCUUUGUCAAGACUCUUACUGGCAAGACCAUCACCUUGGAGGUGGAGUCUUCUGACACCAUCGACAACGUGAAGGCCAAGAUCCAGGACAAGGAGGGCAUCCCCCCGGACCAGCAGCGUCUCAUCUUUGCCGGCAAGCAGCUUGAGGAUGGCCGCACCCUGGCUGACUACAACAUACAGAAGGAGUCCACUCUCCACCUGGUGCUCCGCCUGCGUGGUGGUAUGCAGAUCUUUGUCAAGACCCUUACUGGCAAGACCAUCACCUUGGAGGUGGAGUCUUCUGACACCAUCGACAAUGUGAAGGCCAAGAUCCAGGACAAGGAGGGCAUUCCCCCGGACCAGCAGCGUCUCAUCUUCGCUGGCAAGCAGCUUGAGGAUGGCCGUACCCUUGCCGACUACAAUAUCCAAAAGGAGUCGACCCUUCACCUUGUGCUCCGCCUGCGUGGUGGUAUGCAGAUCUUUGUCAAGACUCUUACUGGCAAGACCAUCACCUUGGAGGUGGAGUCUUCUGACACCAUCGACAACGUGAAGGCGAAGAUCCAGGAUAAGGAGGGCAUCCCCCCAGACCAGCAGCGUCUCAUCUUCGCCGGCAAGCAGCUGGAGGAUGGCCGCACCUUGGCGGAUUACAACAUACAGAAGGAGUCCACCCUCCACCUGGUGCUCCGUCUCCGUGGUGGCCAGUAAGUCUUGGGGCUGUCGAGCUGCUGUCAUUCCUGGGUUCACAAGUCUGGUGCCUGCCUUGUCUCUCCAAUGGAGAUUGUCUGCGUGUCCUGUUGUUGUGUCAUGGUCGAGUCGUGCCCGUCUGAUGUGCGUCUUAUGUCGUCUGGUGGUGUUUUGUGAACACUUGCUGCUGUGCAGCAGUUUGGUUGAACUAUGUGAUGAAUAAGUGAACCCUGAAAUUGCUGUGUCUAUCUGUCUGUUAAUGGUUUCUGCCGUUCUGGAUGUUUCGUUGCUA